AUGGUCUUAGGCAUCUUAAGUGCGGUCGCGGCCUGUCCAGCAAUCGUAGGUACUACUGAAGCAGUCAGACACGGACAAAAAGCACAAGCCAAGGAAGUUCAUAGGGGUCAAAAAGUGAACUUGGUAGUCAGAUUACCAGUCCCUGUAGCGGGCUACAGUGAGAAAUUCGAAGGAUCACUGAUAGUUCUGAAAGAAAAUAAAGUGUAUAUACAACACGCUCAAUCUCGUUUUCCACCUUAUUCCGUACAUCCAUUCGCUGGAUACUACUUACCCUAUCCUGCGAAUCAAAAUAAGUGGGCUGGCGCCGGAUACAAAGGAGAAGGUCUAGUCAGUACUAUAAAUGAAGAAAAUCAUCUAAAUUGGUUGUAUGUCGAUCGAAAUACUCAUGAAGUCAAAUACGGUAUCAGAGCAGAAGCAGAAGUACACUGUACUGGUCCUUGGGAUUGUACUUCUGUGGACAGAAGAAUGACCUUCGAAGGGUGGGAAGGGUUUGUCGGAGUUCAAGUUGACGAAGAAGAAAAUCUGUGGGCAUUACAUUUUGAUCGACAUGACGAUGGUCUGUCUUCAGAGGGUCUAAUCGGUGAUCUUGAAGGAACAGGCGCUCAAAGAAGAAUGCUAGAGGUACAGCUAGUAAGGAAAGAAAGACAGAAAGAUUUUGAAAUGGCUUGUGAAGAGCGGGUGGAAAGACUUAGAGCGAUAAAGGGGAAACAGAAAGAGCAACAAGAAGAGGAACUGCAGGAGGAGAAAGAGUAA